GCCGUCCGCCCGCUUCUCGCCCGGCUUGGCGCGGUCGGCUCGGAGCUGCUUUCCGGCGGCGGCGCGGCUGGCGGCGGCGUCAUCGCCGGUCACUCUCGGCUGCUGCGAGAGCUGCUGUGGGCUUUCAGCACGGGCCAGGAUGCGGCACGCUUGUCCGUGCCCCUCGCCCUCGGCGGUGGGAGCGGCGGCGUGGUCGCUGGCCUCCGGUGGGACGGCGGCGCGGCCGACGGCGCGUGCGCCUCCCUCGCAUCGGAGCACACCAAGUUGAGCAACUGCGGCGCGGCCCCCCUCGACCUCCGCGGGCGAGGCGUGGACCGCGUCUGUUCACGCCUGCAGCUGUGA